AUGCUCGGAGGCGAGGCGCCUCGUCCCAGUCAUGGCCGUCGCAGAGCAGGUCUGCUGACACUGGCUGCUGCCGUUGUGAUGCUUGCUCAGUGUGUAAAGCAUGUAGAAACCUUCAUGAUGCCUGCCCCUGCCAAGUCAGUGCCGCCGCGUGCACAGUCCAUGUCUCCGGCGGCUGCGUACAGCGCAGGACAGUCGUUGAUGGUCGGGCAGUGGGAAGCUCGUACGCUCGCUCGCCCGGCACGCACGGCUCGAGAGGCGGGCACCGUGCUGAAGGUGAUGCUCGGAGUUCCCAGCGCGUUAAUGCUGCUCAGCACGUUCAUGGUGCUGCGUGGCUACAAGCAAGAGGUCGGAAACGGUGACGAGAUGCAGGAGAGAUGGGCAAGCUUCGCGAAGAGGCCGAAUGCUCGCUUCAUGUCCCUUAUGGCUGGGGCGGCAAGGGUGGGCCUCAUCGCCUUGCGCGCGAAGUUCACGCGUGACGAAGCAAAGAAGUCUGCCAUCCACACCAAAGCCGGCAAGCGAGCUGUGACAGAACUCGUGAGACUUGGGCCUACCUACGUGAAGCUGGGGCAGAUCCUCUCCUGCCGUGAGGACCUUGUGCGCAAGGAGUGCGACCCAUCUAGCUGCGACUUGAGGCUGCACUGCAAGUCCUCGCCAAUGGCAGGUUGGAGCCGGGGAGCAGAGGGAAAGAGGUGGGCUGUGGGCUUGGCCCAACGCACUUAUCGGGCCCUGCAGGAGGCGGAGCAACGCCUGGCCCUGGACUUGCGCGAGGUGCAGGAGAGCACCGUGGAACAUGCGGCGAUGUAUGCUAAAAAUCCGGAGGUUCUGGGAGGCAUGCUCCACCUCGUGUUUUGUUUGGAUUUGGUUCACCAGUGGGUGCAAAGCAGAGAUGACCAGAUCAAGGAGAUGGAGCAGAACCUGCAUAAGGCUCAGCAGAGCAUGGUGCAGUGCACCAGCCUUAUGGACCAGUUGAGCCUGGACGUGAGAAGCUGCAAGGAGAGCCUCGCUGCGCUUGAGAGAGUGUCAAGAGAUGCAACACAUCCGGGAGGUUCAGCGCAGCGAUCUCAGCGAGCUCAAGCUGCACAGGAGGAGCUUCUCCGACAGAACGCGGAACUGCGCGCCGAGCUGGAAUCCGCCAAGAAGGCGGCGUCGUUGCACGUGCGCCGGGACGCCACAGUGACAGAUGCACCAGUGCAGACAUUGCUCCAGUCGCUGGAGCAACUUGAGCCCCUGCUGGCUGCCAUGCCGGCUGGUCCUGGUGUCAUUGAGUUGCAGGAAGAGGCUUGUGAGGCAUAUGGGCGCCUACGAGGAGUUUUGCUAGAGGCCGCAGCCAUUCCAGAGGUGCCAUCUUGGCCAGGAGACCCAGGCAGGUCUGCAAGCUCCUGGUCCAGUUCAGAAAACAUGCCGAAUGCGGCGGCACCAUGCGCUGAUCGCUGGCCUAGAACGCAGCUGGAGCCAGUUGCACGGUCAGGCGCAUUCGCACCCAGCCUCGUGGUCUGGAUAACACCCUUUUGUUUGUCUGUGUCCGGAGAUGGCAGACAUGGAGCCAUGGAGUCGCCCUUGCAGAUCCUUCAGGGUCGAGCUGCCCCCGUGCAGCGCCCGAAGCCGAAGCCGAAGACCGAGAAGGUGUUGGUUCCGCGGAUCUUGCAAUGUGGAAAGACAUCGAACUGGCCGAAGGCUGUGGCUUUACUUGCAGAGUCUCUCCAGACCCGUGUGCCAGCAGAUGUCGCUAUGGAGUGCACCCUCAUUGCUCUGGCUCGAGGUGACCAGUGGCAACGGAGCCUCCAGUUGUUGGUGCAAUUGGAAUGGGCGGCUGCUCGAGGCUCUCCCAAGCCUCGCCCGGCCAUCUACACCUCAGCGAUCGGAGCUCUGCGGCGGCAGGGGCUCUGGGAGCAGGCCCUCAGCUUGCUUUCCAUGGCCGAAGACGGAGGUGUGGUGUUGGAUCUGCCCAUCAUCAACACUGCGAUUGGCGUGUGUGGCUACGGCGGGCAGUGGGAGCGAGCGCUUGAGCUUCUGGACCAGCUGCCACGGCAAAGGCUGCAGCCAACCAUCUACAGCUACAACUCUGCUGCGGCGGCACUCGGAUCAGCGAGGCAGUGGGAGCACGUCUUGGCUCUUGCGGAGACGAUGCACCGGCGGCGUGUUGCUCUCGAUGAUGCAAUGCAAGACUGUGUGGAGAAAUCAGAAGCUGUGGGGCGCAGACAAAUGCAGAUUGACGCAAUGGACGUCCUUUCUGCAGCGAGCGAUUGGCGGGAGGCUUUGGCCUGCCUGCGAAGUCUAGGCCAGCAAGCAGUGCGAGCUGAUGCAAAGAUGCACAAUGCCGUCUUGGAUGCUUGCUCCAGAAGCUCUCAUUGGGCUGAGGCGCUGGCGCACUUGGACCGAAUGAAAGCACAAGUGAGACCCACAGCCGCCUCUGUGACGAGCGUUAUUGCCGCGAUGGGUGCUGCUAGAAUGUGGUGUGAGGCUCUACACAUGUUUUGGCAGACCGGUCAAAGCGGUGAAGCCGGCUUGUCGGUGAACGUGGACAUCUACCUUUGCGUUACGGUGUUGCAUGCUCUUCGAAGUGCAGGCAGGUGGCCACACGUGCUUCAUCUUCUCUCAGAGAUGUCGGCAAAGCAUCGGCGGUCUGGGCUUGAUCUUCCAAAAUCGUUCCUACCUGUUCCAGACAGCAUGUGCUUCAAUGUUGCUAUCAGCGCCUGUGCAGAUGCUUCACUUUGGCAGUCAUCGCUUGCCUUAUUUCGAGACAUGAAACGGCGAAAGAAUUCAAUGCCAACAGCAGUGACUUUCAAUGCUGCGAUUCAAGCGUGUGGUCAAAGCAACCACUGGCAGCAUGCCUUGGGGUUGUUUGCAGAGUUGCCGCAUCAUUCCGUUCGGGCGAAUGAGGUGACAUGCCUCUCCGUCAUGCAAGCUCUAAACAAGGCAGAGGUGGAUCAGCUGCCACGGAUUCUUCGCUUACUCCGAGACAUGAGGAGCCAAAGCAUGCAGCCCGGCGUGACUGUCUUCAGCGCGGUGAUUGCCGCAUGUGGUGGCCAGGGCCAGUUUGACAUCAUAAGCAAAUUGCUCGAGGACAUGGUCAGCAUCAGUACUGCUCCAAACACGGUCGUGCUCAACACAGCAAUGAGCGCCUACAUCGACUGUGGGCAGUUGACGCAGGCAUAUGACCUGUUCGGUGGCAUGCCGGACUACUCGGUUCGGCCAGACCUGGAUUCGUACAACACGAUUCUGAAAGGUGCCUCGAAGGAGGGUUUGUGGGAAUAUGCCUUGCAGAUGCUGGAAACCAUUCGAGCCGUCAACUUUUCUCCGGAUGUGGUGAGCUACACAACUGCUAUCCAUGCUUGUCGUCGCGGAUCGCUGUGGCGUGAAGCUGUUCACCUGUGCUGGGAGAUGCGUUCACAAAGUGUUCGGCCCGACACGAUGGCUCUUGGGGCCACCAUCAAUGUGUGUGCGGACUCUGUGAAAGUGGGGGAAGGCUCUCCUGGCAGCUGGGCCUUUGCUUUGGGCCUCUUCGGCGAGGCAAAGCUUCGGAGCCUCCCGCUCAGCACACAGUUCCUGAACAUGGCUUUGCAGGCCUGCACUAUGGCCUCGGAGUGGGCUGCCUCCAUCGGCCUGGUAGAGGACUUGGGAGGAAAGUUCUACAAUCUGAAGCCAUGCCUCGUCACCUCGAAUCUGCACUUGAAUGCGCUCUGCAUCGGGCACCAGUGGCGAGUAGCGCUUGAUGUUCUGGAGAACGAGUGGCCAGCGCGUGGCCACCUUCCAGAUACCUCGACUUACAACACCUGUAAUGCGGCCCUGUUAAGCGAGCCUGCGGCAAAGAAACUGCAGAAGGUCAACGAAUACCUUCUUCGUUGUCUCAUGGUCAGUCAGUCUGGCCUACCGUACAAGCCUGAUUCCCACGUGCUUGACUUGCACGAGAUGAGCUUGAACUCCGCCAAGGCUGCCGUCCGCGUGGCAUUGGACGAGAAGAGUGGGUCAGAUGUCGAGGGCGCCUUGUUGAUUGUCACGGGAAGAGGUCUGCACAGCACAGAUGGAGGUCGCCUGCAUUCGGAGGUGGCUGAACUGCUGCAGGAUGAGCUGCAUGUCCGAAUACAUCCGACAAAAGACGGUGGUGGCAUCUACGUCCCAGAGAAGGAGGUGCUGCGUUUGCGGCGACAGCAUGCCCACACGCCGACGGAUGCGGAAACGCAGAGAAGAACUCGCGCUCCCUUUGCUUCGUGCUUACCAACAGCGGCUUGGACCACACGUGCCGCCAUUGCCGAGGUCUGGACCCUUCCGCGUGCAUAG